CCGGCGGCGAACCCAAAACCCUAAUUCACCUAGCAGAAAUGGCGGUUCCACUGUUGUCGAAGAAGAUCGUCAAGAAGAGGGUCAAGAAGUUCAAGAGACCCCAGAGCGACCGUAAGAUCUCUGUCAAGCCAAACUGGCGUAGGCCAAAGGGUAUUGAUUCCCGGGUUCGAAGAAAAUUCAAGGGAUGUACUUUGAUGCCCAACAUUGGCUACGGCUCAGACAAGAAGACCCGUCACUAUCUUCCCAAUGGCUUCAAGAAGUUUGUUGUGCACAAUGCCAAGGAGCUUGAGCUUCUCAUGAUGCACAACAGGACAUACUGUGCUGAGAUUGCUCAUGAUGUGUCCACAAGGAAGAGAAAAGAGAUUGUGGAGAGAGCUGCCCAGCUGGAUAUUGUUGUUACUAACAAGCUUGCUAGGUUGCGUAGCCAGGAGGAUGAAUGAGCAUAGAGCCUAAGUUUUGUUUGAGUAGCCAUUUCAUCAAUUCUCGAUAAUUUUUAUUGUUUUUAUAAAGAUUAUCACAACCUCAACUGUGUUCUAUCCAUGUUAGUGAUUUUACAAUCAUUGCGAUGAUGCUGUAUCUUUUAAGCGUUAUGUAUGCAAGUUUUCUAAAGGGCCAGCUACCAUUAACUUU